AUGACUAAACAAUAUCCUAUUUUUACACAUUUUAAUUCCUAUCUUUUUGGAAGAAUUAAAUGUAAACUUUGUAAAAAAAAUUAUAUCAAUCCCAAGAUUUAUGCUAUUAAACAACAUUUUGCUAGAAAACAUUCUGAAGAAUGGUUAAAAAUCUGUGAUCUGUGUAAAGUUUGGUCUCAAACCUCUUUAACUCAGUUUGGUGUUAUACGAUUUAAUGCCACACUUGCUCACCAUUAUAGAAAUUUUUUCCAAUCUACUGCACUUGCUUAUCAUAAUAAAAAUCCUUCCCAAUCUACUGCGCUUGCUCACCAUGAUGAAAAUCCUUUCCAAUCUACUGCGCUUGCUCACCGUGAUAAAAAUCUUUCCCAAUCCGCAAAUAAUUUGUGA